UGGGGAGAGAAGAGUGAAUUUUCAAAACCCUGGGGGAGGCCGACUUGAGGACGCGUUACUGACUGGGAGUGGAAGAGGUGUGGAUACACACAGAGGCAGAGGGACACCCUCGAUUGGAGCAGAGGCCUCAGGAAACCCGGAGGAAUGCCUUGAUCCCGGACCUCAGCCUCCAGGACGGCACAGCCCUCUCCUGCUACCCUGGGUGCGCCUGCCGCCGUCCCUUGGUGCCCUCAGUCCCCUUGGUUCUUUGGUCCCCGGUAGGCAUGUCGCGUGCGGUGGAGCCUGAGCGGAGGCUCCUGGCCAUCUACACCGGCGGCACUAUCGGCAUGCGGAUCGAGCGCGGCGUGCUCGUCCCUGGGAGGGGCCUGGCCGCUGCCUUGAGGACGCUGCCCAUGUUCCAUGAUGAGGACCACGCCCGGGCCCUUGGCCUCCCGGAGGACACCCUGGUGCUGCCGCCCGCCAGCCCUGACCAGAGGGUCAUCUACACGGUACUGGAGUGCCAGCCCCUCUUCGACUCCAGUGACAUGACUAUCACCGAGUGGGUUCAGAUUGCCCAGACCAUCGAGAGACACUAUGGGCAGUACCACGGGUUCGUGGUCAUCCACGGCACUGACACCAUGGCCUUCGCGGCCUCCGUGCUGUCCUUCGUGCUGGAGAACCUGCAGAAAACCGUCAUCCUAACUGGUGCCCAGGUGCCCAUCCACGCCCUAUGGAAUGAUGGCCGUGAGAACCUGCUGGGGGCCCUGCUCAUGGCCGGCCAGUACGUGAUCCCCGAGGUCUGCCUGUUCUUCCAGAAUCAGCUGUUUCGGGGCAACCGAGUGACCAAGGUGGACUCGCGCAGGUUUGCGGCCUUCUGCUCCCCCAACCUGCCCCCUCUGGCCGUUGUGGGAGCUGACGUCAUACUCAACCGGGAGCUGGUGCGGAAGGUCCGAGGGAAGGAGCGGCUGGUGGUGCACAGCAGCGUGGAGCGUGACGUGGGGCUGCUGCGUCUCUACCCCGGGAUCCCCGCUGCCCUGGUUCGGGCCUUCCUGCAGCCCCCCCUGAGGGGCGUCGUCAUGGAGACGUUCGGCUGCGGGAACGGGCCCACCAAGCCGGACCUGCUGCGGGAGUUCCGGGCCGCCACCGAGCGAGGGCUUCUCAUCGUCAACUGCACACACUGCCUUCAGGGCACCGUGACCUCUGGCUACGCAGCCGGCAUGGCCGUGGCGGGAGCUGGCAUCGUCUCGGGCUUUGACAUGACGUCGGAAGCUGCCAUGGCCAAGCUGUCCUACGUGCUGGGCCAGCCGGGGCUGAGCCUGGACAGCAGGAAACAGCUGCUGGCCAGGGACCUCCGGGGGGAGGUGACGCUGCCCGCGGGGGACGAGCACCAGCCCUCGCUGACUUGUAGCACACUGGGCCGGGGGGUCGCCCAGCUCCUCAGUCUGAGCCAGGAGGCCGAUGCCGUGCGGGAAGCUCUGACGCCUGGCCUGGCCUGUGCUGCGGCCCAUGCGGGCGACCUGGACGUGCUGCAGGCACUUGUGGAGCUGGGCAGUGACCUGAGCCAAGAGAACUUUAACGGUCAGACCCCUCUGCACGCGGCUGCCCGGGGAGGCCACCCCGAGGUGGUCACCAUGCUGCUGCAGAGAGGGGUGGGUGUGAGCGCCCGGGAUGAGGACGGACUGAGCCCGCUGCUGCUGGCGGUGAAGGGCAGGCAUCAGGGUAUCAUUGGGCUACUGCGGGCAGCUGGGGCCUGCCUGUCCCCCCAGGAGCUAGAGGACGCAGGGACCGAGCUGUGCAGGCUGGCUUCCAGGGCGGACCUCGAAGGCCUGCAGUCAUGGUGGCGGGCGGGGGCUGACCUGGCUUGCCCAGGCUAUGACGGGCGCAGUGCCCUGCUUGUUGACCGAAGGCUCCCCGCUGGACUGUGGCCCCCUGUGUCUGAGGGCCAGUCCUGGGGACCGAGCCAGAGGAAGCUGAGGCCACUCUGUGACGCACCCUACCAGAGCACCGGAGGGCCCCGGCCAUGGCCAAGAGGUUCCUGGAGCCUGGAGGGGACCUCAGACCCCUCUACUGCGUGUCCUGCCCACCCUGCCCCACCCCACUGGGCGGGGGGCUCCCACCUGCCUCCUACCUCACACCCCAUCCCCCCACUCCGUCAUCUGGCCCUCCAGAAGACUCUCAAGUCUGGCUGGGUUUGCUCAGGUCCUUGGGUCCCUCCCUGGGAAAGGACUUGUCUGUCUGUCCCGCCCCCACACACCGCCUGUGCCCAGGGAAGAGAUCUCAAGAGACCUCCGGUUUUCAGGCAGUGCUGCCUGGUGUCUAACCUGAAGCUGCCUUGCUGCGGAACAAGCCAUUCCUUCCUGUUGUGGCCUGCUGGAGGGAUGCCACCCCACGACUCUGUGACGUACCCCCACUGCUGGGACUCUCCCCACUCUGUUUUGCACACAACCUAAAGGUCUCGGUCGGGCAGAGCAGCAAUAAAGUCUCUCUGGGGACCUCCCUCGGUCCCCAGACCCCA